UCCGUGUUCUGUGUUUCUGGAAUGAACAGCCUUCCUCUGUGGUCAUCUGCCUAAAACGUGCCGCAUUUCCUUCACAUUCUAUUACAUCACUUCACUUCCUGUAGUUCAGCUUCUUGUGUGUGCUGGGAACUAAAGAGAGAGUGUGAGUAGAAGGCAAAUGCAAUGCGUUCAUGAAUCGCCUCAAUAACGGAGGAUGUUGGUUAUUGUGUGGUAGGCCUAUAUGAUGAUGGUCAAUGCAUUGUAAUAGGAACUGAUGCUUAGAAAUAGACAGAAUAUACCUAAAAAGGGACAAGACUAACAGACCUUUGGAAUAAUGUAAGACCUUUGGCUAUGUUGAUAAUUUUCUCAAAGUACAAAACUGUCACUCAAAAGGCUUCCGUAUUCUUCGGUUUGGCUAGGUGAAAGAGUGUGCUCGCAUACCUUUGACCUUCACUUGAAAAAUGAGAAAAAAAGUGUCAAUUUUGAGAUGCCAUAGCCAGCAUACACUACCUAAAAAGUCUGAAUUAAUAGAUAACUCAAGAUAUCGGUCAUUAAUUUUGAUGUUUUUGCAUAGGAGAGCUUAGGUCGCGCAAUUUUACAUCUAUACUAAACAAAAAUAUAAACGCAACAUGCAACAAUUUCAACGGUUUUACUGAGUUACAAUUCAUAAAAGGAAAUCAGUCAAUUCAAAUAAAUUCAUUAGGCCCUAAUCUAUGGAUUUCACAUAACUGGGCAGAGGCGCAGCCAUGGGUGGGCCCCAGGAGGGAAAAGGCUCACCCACUGGGGAGCCAGGCCCAGCCAAUCAGAAUGUGUUUUUCUCCCACAAAAGGGCUUUAUUACAGACAGAAAUACUCUUCAGUUUCAUCAGCUGUCCGGGUGGCUGGUCUCAGACGAUCCCACAGGUUAAGAAGCCAGAUGUGGAGGUCCUGGGCUGGCACGGUCACACAUGGUCUGUGGCUGUGAGGCCGGUUGGACAUACUGCCAAAUUCUCUAAAAUGAUGUUGGAGGAGGCUUAUGGUAGAGAAAUUAACAUUCAAUUCUCUGGCAACAGCUCUGGUGGACAUUCCUGCAGUCAGCAUACUAAUUGCAGGCUCCCUCAAAACAUAAUGCCACAGAUGUCAAGUUAUGUGACAAAACUGCACAUUUUAGAUUGGCCUUUUGUCCCCAGCACAAGGUGCACCUGUGUAAUGAUUAUGCUAUUUAAUCAGCUUCUUGAUAUGCCACACCUGUCCAGUGGAUGGAUUAUCUUGGCAAAGGAGAAAUGUUCACGAACAGGGAUGUAACCAAAUUUACGCACACAAUUGGAGAGACAUAAGCUUUUAGUGCGUAUGGAACAUUUCUGGGAUCCUUUAUUUCAACUUUUAAACAUAAGAUUAACACUUUACAUGUUGCAUUUAUAUUUUUGUUCAGUAUAUUUUGGAUGUUUGGUGCAGUAUUUCUGAAGUGAAAAAUGUGCAUGAAAAUUAGUCUAUCGUUGAAUGAUAAACACUUAAUUGAAGAAUCCCUACUGUUGACCAAUCACCAACGAAGUGGCGUAGACUUCGGCUUCCAAACUUCAGCUUCCCCCGAGAAAAUAUUACGCGCAAAAAAAAAUCUGAAAAAAAAAAACCCUUGCUGAAGGCAAAAACGUUGUCGUAAUAUAUGCAAAAUGUUCCGUACUGUUUAGAUGGGAUGCAUGCGGACACCUAAGAGAGACUCAAGCAGUUUCACUCAGAGGUGAAAUAUGUUCAGCUUUAGUGUUAAAGGAAAUGAAGAAUGAAGCCAGUGGAGCAAUAGGAAGAUGAUCAUGAUUGAGAAACAUCCCUAGGGUUUAAGACAAAACAUCCUCCAAGCGGACUCACUUCCUGUACAGACCACCUCCAUCGCACCGUGUGUGAUAUCAGCUGUUUGAUAUAGCUCACAUCAUUGGAAUAGACAAUGACUGAAAAACAACUUUACUAUACAUCACAGGCUGGCUCAUUAUCUUGAAGAUAAUAAAUGCAAUACACUCUCCAUAAAUCUUAUGUUUGAUGUUAAUUGUAUAAACUGAGCGAUAAGCAGCCCGAUUAGUAGUUUUGACAUUAAACUUAUUUAUGUCGGUUUUUACAAAAAGCCAUAAACUAGGAAUUUGAUAUUCCUGUGUUUUAUAUACAAUUCCACACCGAGUUUGUAAUAACGGGAAAUGUGAAAAUUGUCCUUUUAGUGCGAGAGCGGUUUGAAAAGACCACUUUAAAUUUCUGCCUGUUUUGGUGGGAUGUUUUGGCCCACCUGGUGACCUCACCAGGCGGUAAAUUAGUUAAUAGAUUAAUAAGAGAGUUCCAAACCUCUCUGCUAAUAACAGCUAGUUUUCAGUUUCCACUCCCAACUCUGACCACUCCCAGACAGUCCUAGCUAAAUUCUUGCUUCAGAAAUUGCUCUUCGCUAAGAAGCUAUUGUUUCUUUUUGACCAUUGUAAUUGAAAACAAUCGCAGUAAGGUACUUAAUUGUUACCCAGAAAUUAUUUGAUAGAGAUAAAAACAGCUGCAUUGGACCUUUAAUGUGUGACCCUCACCUUGCACCGACCCAACUUGAUCUCUCAUCCAUUUAAGCCAAAGGUUAAUGUAAAUUAGUUAUGUUUGCCAAGUGUGUCAGUUGGACAUCUAGAUACACAGCAGACAAACCAUUAACAUUCCGGAGCUUGGUUGGCACCUUUGAAAUUAAGCGUCUGCUUUCCUCAAGAGGCACAAGUCUCCUUGGAAGACAGUUUCCCAGCAAAAUGUAUUGCCUAUACCCCCUCCCUAAGAAUAAAUAAUUAUCAAACCAUGCUUGAACUCCUGAAUAAUCACAAUAUUUGAUCAGUAUGGACAAAAAGGCUCCUUUUUUUAUUUUUUAUAAAUAUGAUUUGAACCUAGGUCCGGGCUCAAAUGUCUAGGCUAUUUGGGGACGUUUUUUCCUCAUGCUACUCCAUGAUAGUCUGAGAAGGAUUGAGACAGGAUGCAGGGAACACAGCCGCCCUGACCUGAAACAUCCUCUAAAAUCAAAGGUGGGAAAAUCGUGAGGGGAACGUGGUCUGGCGACAGCCAGGCACCACUGAAGAUUGUAAUCGAAAGUUAACUACAGCACAAUAAGCUAAUAUUCAGGCUACAUUACCUUAGCUUCAGACAUGGCUACUGUGUAGUGUGAUUCUGAUGGUUCCCCAGCUGCUUGUCUACAGUUGCCAGGAUCAGAGGAUGGAAAAAAUAUACUUAAAAAAAAGGACUAGAUGAAGAACCUUGACUACUUCAUUCCCACACAGGGGAAAAAAAGCAGGCAAUCUGGACAACAGGGCUCUGUGAAGCCAAGAUCAGUCUAUUUUAAGUCACAUUAAAAUUGAGAUUUAGCAUCUUAUCAUGAUGACAUGAAGUGGAAGGAUGAGCUUUAUUAAUGUCCCCAGAACCCCAGCCAGAUACUCGUCACCCUCUGUAAACAUACUGGAUCUCACCCCUACAUGUGUAACAAGAUCCAGAUACAACCCAGAGUUGGAGAAUGACAGGAAAUAAGAGCUAAUGUUUUUUAUGACUGAGCAAAGAGAUCGGAAUGGGAUGUGACAGAGAAAAGGCUCUCCUUCCUUGAACAUUCUCACUUAAACAAAUGCCUGUGCUUUGUCGUGGGGAGAAAAAUAUUUACCACGGUUGAGGAUGGGCAUUGCAAUUCCAGACUUUACUUGAUGGAAGCUGCAUCCUGAAUAGAUGUUCGGCCAUCGGCUUGUGAGAACACACAAAUAUGGGCAUUGUUGUUUUAUCCUCUCUGCCCUUCUCCCUGACCUGUUGAUGAAGCUCUAUCCCAGGCAAAGAUGAGGAUAUGGUGGGAAGUGUUUAAUUAGUGCAUCUGCUCCUGUGUGUGUGUGUGUGUGUAACAAGUAGUUUACACAUUGCUUCUUCCAGCCUAGCAGCUCUUCAUGGUGACUGGCUACAGGGAUAUAGUGGGAGGGGCCUUGCCAUUACUCCCAUAGCUAGUAACCAGAGGGCCAACUACAGCUGAAAUCAAGAGGCUGGAGGCUUAGUGAAAAAGGGGGAAACGUGCAGUCUAGGAAUGACACCAUCUACCCGGCGUACCCACUGACUGUAUCCCCUCCUCCUGCCUAUAAAAGAACCUGAAGAAUUGGACUGUGUGCACUUCGAUAUUCCAGAGGAUAGCAAUACAACAAUAUUUAACCUCGAAAAACAUUCAACUGAAAAGGCAGUGACCCAAAAGGAGAUCUUUGGGUAACAUUUUUACAAUAACAUUUUUGUUUUAAUUCUUAUAAAUGUUUUAUGUUGGCUUACUGGUGGUCUUGAGUGGCUGCCUGGCCCUGGGGGCAGGCUACAGGAAAACUACAGACCCAACAGCUGCUAAGAGACAGUACCAGAUCCAAAAUGGCCCGUGCAGCUACACCUUCCUGCUGCCUGAACAGGACAACUGCAAGACCCCAAGCAGCACCUACACCAACCUGGUCCAGAAGGACGAUCCGGCAGAGUAUGAUGAGUCGGUCCAGAGGCUAGAGCAGCUGGAGAACAUCAUUGAGAACAACACACAGUGGCUCCUCAAGCUGGAGAACUACAUACAGGAAAACAUGAAACAGGAGAUGUUCCAGAUCCAGCAGAAUGCAGUGCACAACCACACGGCAGCCAUGAUAGAGUUUGGAUCUAACCUGCUGAGUCAGACCGUUGAACAAACACGGAAGCUUACUAACGUAGAGGCGCAGGUAAUAAAUCAUACAACUCGGCUCGAACGUCAGCUUCUUGAGAACUCUCUAUCAACGAGUAAGUUGGAAAAACAGCUCAUUUUCCAAACAAAUGAAAUAACCAAGCUGAAUGACAAAAACAGCUACCUGGAGAAGAGGGUGGGGGAGAUGGAGGAGCAGAGGCAGGUGGAGCUGAAGACGCUGAAGGAGGAGAAGGAGCAGCUCUCUACACUGGUACUGAGACAGACGGCUGUCAUCGAGGAGCUGGAACAACAGCUGCUGCGGGCCACCACCAAUAACUCUGCCCUGCAGCGGCAGCAACAGGAGCUGCUUGAGACCGUCAACAACCUCAUCUACACAAUCUCUAUCCCCACAGGUGGAGGGAACAAGCCUACCAUGAUGCAGGACACACCAACCACAUACCCAGACUGUGCUGCUGUCUACAAGUCAGGAAACACAGACAGUGGAGUCUACUCACUGACCCUUCCCAAUACUACACAGGAGAUUAAGGCUUACUGUGACAUGGAGACAGAGGGGGGUGGAUGGACAGUACUACAAAAACGAUUUGAUGGCCGUGUUGACUUUCACCGUACGUGGAAAGAGUACAAAAUGGGCUUUGGAAACCCUUCAGGUGAAUACUGGUUGGGAAAUGAGUUUGUUUCGAUACUGACCAAUCAGCACCCAUACGUCUUGAGAAUACAGAUGAUGGAUUGGGAGGAAAACGCAGGAUUCUCACUAUAUGACCAGUUCUCUCUAGGCAGUGAAGCAGAAAACUACAGAAUACACCUUAAAGGCUACAGUGGCACAGCAGGCAAAAUUAGUAGCCUUGGUCAGCCGGGAAGUGAUUUCAGCACAAAAGAUGCAGACAAUGACAAAUGUGUUUGCAAAUGCUCACAACUGACAACAGGAGGCUGGUGGUUUGACGCCUGCGGCCCCUCCAACUUGAACGGAAUAUUUUUCCAGCAGGGCCAGAACUCAAAUCGAUUCAAUGGAAUCAAAUGGUACUACUGGAAAGGCUCAGGCUACUCACUGAAGUCCACGACAAUGAUGAUCAGACCAGUAGACUUCUGAGGCUGUGACAGAGACAUGCCUCUCACAGACAUGCAUAGAAUGGAGAGCAGAGCUCUGUCACUCUGGGAAACAACUACACAGACAAACAAAAAGACCAAACAGACCAAAGUGCUCCAUAACAGCAACCUCAUCACUUCCGAACAUUCCACAAGGGAAGGAACAAUUUGCUUUGCUCCAACAAGUCACUUUUUUUAUUUUUUAUUAACUUUUGUACAAAAUGGACAGGUGAAGACUAGCAGAAAAGUCUAUGAACUAUCUAUACUCAGAAAUAUAUGGGCUUUGGACUGCAUAACCAACCAGAACAAGGCAGUCAAAAGAUGACCAGUUGGAAAUCUUGUAUUUAUAGCAAACUGGAACUGUGGUAGAGAUAACAGUAUUGUUUUCUAUUAAUAAGCAAUACUAGGGGAAAUGUCAGUGUGUAACACAUUGCAAGGUUGACAAAGUUAAUUUUGUAAUAACGAUAUUUCACCCCAUUACCAUUUGAUACAAUGAAUUGGAAAAUAAGUUAAAUUUAUAAUGUAAAAUAAAAAUGUAACAAUAGCCCUAAUUUUAAAAGCCAAGAAAACUAGGGUACAAAGCACAAUACUUCAUACAUAUCAAAUAUGAACAUAAUGCAAAAAGGCAAUCUGUAAUGAAUCUACGGCUUUUCUUCCUUAGAGAAAUUGUACAUACUCCGUGCCUUCAGAAAGUACUCAUACCUCCCUGGUCUUUGUGGUUGAAUGUGUUUGAAAUUCACUGCUCAACUGAGCAUCCUUACAGAUAAUUGUAUGAAUGGGGUACAGAGAUGAAAGUCAUUAAAAAAUCAACACUAUUAUUGCAACUUACUACGUGACUUGUUAAGCACAUUUUUACUUCUGAACUUAUUUAGGCUUGCCAUAACAAAGAGGUUGAAUACUUAUUGACUCAAGACAUUUCAGCUUUUCAUUUCUAAUUCAUUUGUAAAAACAUCAUUACAUUUUGACAUGAAGUAUUGUGUGUUGGCCAGUGACACAAAAUCUCAAUUUAAUCAAUUUUAAAUUCGCACUAAGACAACAAAAUGUGGAAAAAGUCAAGGGGUGUGAAUACUUUCUGAAGGCACUGUACAUUAUUUAAUUCAAAUGUAUAGAUGGUUCACAAAAUGUAUUAAAAUCAAUGUGAUAACUUUGAUCGGCAUGUUACUCAAAACAUGUCAUCAAUGUCAAUUAACCUAAUUAUGCAAGCACACGUGAUAUCAAUUGCAAAUCCUAAAGUGUGUUAAACUUUUUCCAUGAUUACUUCGACUUCCACCUCUUUUGCCUGACUUAGACUACAUACUCUCAUGACUCCAAUCUGUACAAUCUAUCCAGUACUAUGGAGCAUAUCUGCUUAUAUUUAUCAAUCUAAUUUAAUUGUUUUAUUGUAGAAAUGCGAUUUAUGGUCAUAACUUAUUCAUGUAAUAUACUUCACCCAUUGUUUUGUGAACAUUCGGGAUCACAAGUUAAUUUCACUUAAUUCUUCUAAGUGACUUGUGGUAUGAGUAAGAUUAGUCUAUUUGGGACUUUUUCUAUGUGGAGUAUGGAUAAUGGUUUUGUCAACGGCAGGAAUGCAAACAAAGACUUUAGAACUUAAUUCCAAUCAUGUUGAAAGUACAACCUACAGUUCUUAUGUGUUCAUUCUGCUUUAACACAAAACAUAAAAUAUUUGUUUUAAUGUC